UAACUGCAACCAAGACAUAUUGAUGUGGAAUUUAGAAUUAAGAGGAGGAAGACAGGGAUAGGGUCUUGAAGGUUGAAGGAUUAUGUAGUUCUUUAUUUGUAGGUUAUUAUUCCUGUGAGCUGGUGGUUGUCAAAAAAGCAGGGUGAAUCUGAAAAAAAGAUAUUUUGUCAAUAAACCAUAUAUUUGUAUAACCUCAUGUCGUUUCCAACGAAAGAAGAACGUGCGCAGUGUUGGAGUUCGCGUGAUGAAUACUGGAGUUGCCUGGACAAGAACAAAUCUUCCGAAGGAGACAACAUUUGCAUGGAAUUCAGGAAAAUGUACGAGAAAAACUGCACCGCUCAGUGGGUGAAACACUUCGACAGGAAGAGGAAUUAUCUAUUGUUUAAAGAAAAAAUUGAAAAAGACGGGUACGAGCCUUUGAACGAAAAUAAUUGAUUUACAGUUUGUACAUAGUUGUGUGAGGUGUUUGUGCGUAAUAAAGUUUUUUGGUAGAGUUUU